UCUCUCUCACAACAAGGUGAGGCUCCGCCUCUACCAUCACCACCGCCGCCCCUUGUUUUUUGUACAGAAUCAGAAUUAUCGAUUUAGUUCUCUCUUAUCUUUAUUAUCUUUAUUUUUAAUUUUUAGCUCUAGAGUUACUUUCAUCCAUGGCUUCUUCUUCUUCAUCUUCGGCCAAGAAAGCCGCGGCGGAUCGGAUAAAGGGUCCGUGGAGCCCGGAGGAGGACGAAGCGUUGCAGAGGCUGGUCCAGAACUACGGCCCCAGGAACUGGUCUCUGAUCAGCAAAUCGAUCCCUGGUCGAUCCGGCAAGUCGUGCCGGCUACGGUGGUGCAACCAGCUCUCGCCGGAAGUGGAGCACCGGCCGUUCACUCCUGAAGAGGACGACAUCAUUCUCCGGGCCCAUGCCCGGUUUGGUAACAAGUGGGCCACCAUCUCCCGCCUUCUCAAUGGCCGCACCGAUAACGCCAUCAAGAACCACUGGAACUCUACUCUCAAGCGCAAAUUCUCUUCCGCGUCGGACGACAUGUCGCCUGAGCAGCCUCUCAAGAGAUCCGCCAGCGUCGGGGCGGGUACUACAGUCUCGGGUCUUUUCAUGAACCCGGGCAGCCCAUCCGGAUCCGAUUUGAGUGAUUCUAGUUUGCCCGGCGUGGUUCCUCCCUCGCAAGUGUUCCGUCCUGUGACAGUAGCCGUCGCUCCGCCUGUUGCGCCGGUCGUUUUAGUGGUAGAUCCACCGACUUCGCUGAGCUUGUCGCUUCCCGGGUCCAGUGAAGGUCCGAGUCAUCAGCGAUCAGCAUCCGGAUCCGGAUCCAGCUGGAUUGUGAGCCCCAAGCCCCAAAUCGCGCAUCAUCAGCCUCAAGUGAUUGAAGCUCAUUCGGUUCAAGCUCAAGAAGCUGCGGCGGAGCGUGAAAGCAAGCAGAAGAGUAGUGAGGUGGGGUUUGAUAAGCAAUUCUUCAGCUCAGAAUUUCUGGAAGUGAUGCAAGAGAUGAUAAGGAAGGAAGUGAGGAAUUAUAUGUCUGGGAUAGAGAACAAAGGGAUGAUGAUGCACACUGAAGCAGCCAUUAGAAACGCAGUUGUAAAGCGGAUUGGGAUUAGCAAAGUGGAGUAGUACAGGAUUAUGAAAUCUAUGAAUGAAGGUGGUGAUCAGAGUUUAGUCCAAUUCAGAAACCUGAUCUGAAAACGUUAGGCAGCCAAGCUCCCUGUUAUUAAAUUUUCAGUUCCUUUUUUUUGUUGUUGUUAAGAGUAGCAGUCGGAAUAAUUUUUGGUAGUGUACAGAAGAGAAGUAACCAACUGGGGAUGACGAGCUUUUGGUUUCCUUGACAUAAAAAGAGUGAUUGGGUGGAUCAUAAUCUGGAAACGUCACUACCAGUUUGUGUUUAUGUUCUUACACAAAAUUGGAAAACCUAAUAGAAGCAAAUUUAUCCAAUCA